AUGAUGAAAUACAUACUGUCGUGCAUUUUGGUAGUGUUGUCGUUACAGCUUGUUGCCUGUGUUGCUCAAAAAAAGACGUCAGUCGCUCCUACAAGCAAUGUAAACAAAAUAACAAACAACGGAACUAUUGCAAGCUCAAGUAAGAACGAGCCAACAACUUUAAAGCCAAGCAAUGGCACUAAGGAAAAUGGGACACUGAGCGGGGGUGGUGGCAUAUUUCAACAAAUAAAGGAUAACAAAGAUAUGUUAACUAGAACGUUCUAUGUGAUGUUAGGAGUUACCAGUAUUGUUGUCAUUUAUUUUGUGGUUCGAGCUUGGAGAUCAAAAAGGAGGCAGAAUAAGUCUAGAAAGUAUGGACUUUUGGCUACUUCUGGUGCUGAUUUAGAAAUGGAGCCCCUUGAUAGAGAUGUAGAUGAUGAUGAUGAAAUGACAAUGUUUGAGAGGCAAAGAUAA